GAGGGGAGCGGUAGCCACAGCAGCGAGUGACAGCCAGUGCACAUGGCUGGGGACACCGGGAUGGCCGGGAAGGUGGCGCUGCUCCUGUGGGCCCAGAUCCUCAGCCUCACUGUUGCUCAGACCACCCACCUCUAUGUGGAGCCCCCCUGGAGGCCGGCGGUGCUGUGGGACCGGGUGACACUGACCUGCCAGGGCUUGGGGACCGCUGGUGCCACCACCUGGUACAGGGAUGGUCAGCGAUGGGAGCAGAAGGGAAGUUACAGCCUCACUGUCACCCAGAAAGGCACCUACACCUGUGACAGAUCUGGCACUGAGCAGAGCCCCCCCGUGAGUGUCUCAGAUGAAUGGUUGGUGCUGCAGGUGCCAGCGCGGGUGCUGCUGGAGGGGGACACGGUGACACUGCGCUGCCGGAGCUGGUGGAACAAAACGCUCACAAGCGUGUACUUCAACCAUGAAGAGAAGUAUCUGAAGGGGCCCAAGGAUGGGACUGAGCUGUCCCUGUCCCCCCUGCAGCUGAGCCACAGCGGCCACUACCGCUGCCAGGGCUAUGUGGGCUAUGGCGUGUCAGUGUGGAGGAAGUCAGAGUGGGUGAGAGUGAAAGUGCACAGUGAGUGCAGGGAUGGGGACAGGGAAGCCUGACAUCCUCCAAGGGUUUCCCCAG